AUAACAAUGAGAAAUUCAACGAUUUCAAUGUAUCCGAUAUACUUUAAUGUGGCGGAAUAUUGUUUGUUCGGUAUUAUUUUGGGUGUUGUGAUUGGAAUUAUAUUUUAUUUUUUAUUUGUAAAUAACAAACAUAACACCGUCGAUGGAUUCCUUUUUGGCGGUAAAAAUAUGUCCAUCAUAUCUAUUUCACUAGCUUUAACAUCUAGUCACCUAACCAGCAUCACGUUGCUCGGUGUACCCGUUGAAAUAUACUUAAGAGGAACUCAGUACUGGGCGUCGGCGCUGUCACUUAUCUUCGUGACAUUCUUAACAGUUGUAAUUUAUUUACCAGUUUUUCAUAGACUUCAGCUAUCGUCUAGUUUUGAAUACUUGGAAAUAAGGUUCUCUGCGCACACACGGACGGUUGCAGCAGUACUAUUCGUUGUUAGUAAGCUGAUGUUACUGCCGAUUGUGCCAUAUGUGCCAAUAUUAGCAUUCAGGCUAGUAACAAACAACUUAGCUAAUCGCAUUGCAGCUGUUAUAUGCGUUGCUUGUUCAACGUUCAUUGCAGUAGGAGGCUUGAGAGCAGUAAUCAGCAUUGGCAUAGUGACCACUUUUCUAGCAAUCGCUGGCACAGCUUUACCCAGUGGUCUGGCAUUGCUGCCAAUGGGCUUCAAGAGGAUGUGGGAAAUUUCUAGUCAUGGAAGUAGACUAGUAUUCUACGAUCCAGAUCCAGAACUGGCUCAUCACACUUCUUUCUUCGUGGUAACGUUAGCGCUUAGUACGAAUUGGCUAUGGAAAAUAGCUCUAAGCCAGUCGUCGAUACAAAAGUUGCUAGCUGUUCCUACGAUCAACAAAGCCAGAAUUUGUUUGGCAAUAUCUUGCGUAGGGAUAAUAUUAAUGAAAAUGUUGUCGUGUUUUCUGGGAUUAGUUAUAUACGCUUGGUUCGCUAGCUGCGAUCCAUUACUCACUGGUCAGAUAAAGAAACACGAACAGCUAGUGCCUCAUUUUCUUAACAAUCUGUCGACUAUGUUUCCUGGGAUUUGUGGUAUCUUUAUAAUGUCUAUCUUCAGUGCAACAACAGGUUGUAUCGCGUCUAUCAUAAAUUCAAUAUCAGGUGUUGUGUUUGAAGAGUUUAUACGGCCGUGGAUGCCGCAAAGCACAAAUGAACAGGCAUGUUGCAAAAUAAUGAAGUUUCUGUGCAUUAUGGUCGGUGUAUACUGUGCUUGUGUCGUGUGGCUAGCACAAGAACUAGACCGUCUGCAACACGUGGCUUCAGGAGUCACAGGCGUAACUGCAGGAACACUUCUGGGUCUUUUUACUCUAGGAAUUGUCUUCUCGCGAGCAAAUUGUUGUGGCGCAUUGAGCGGUUGCCUCUUGAGUUUGGUACUCUGUGGCUGGUUGCUCAUAGGGGCUGAGAACGCUUUAGCUACGGGGGCAUUGACCUUUCAGGGUAAACCUUUAGUCACCACGGGAUGCGGUAAAGCAAAUUUCACACAUAUUUUGGUAAAUGCGACGUCAGUAGUAGCGAAUGUUCCGCAAAUACCAACAAAACCAAUUCAGUCUCUCUUCCGAAUAUCCUUCACUUACUGCCCAUUUGCUGGGGCGGUCGCCGUUCUUCUCAUCGGUGUAUCCAUGAGCUACCUCACUGGAAAGUCGAAAGCUGAGUCCAUGAACCCUGACGUGUUUUGUCCCCUCACUCAGAGUUUCCUGCACAGGUUACCAGACAGAAGCGAGACAUCAUCUCUGGAACUGCGGCCUGCGAAUACUCAAGAUGUUUACAUGGCUUUGGAUGAAGCUUUGAAACAUUUAAAAGACGUUAUAGAACGGUAAUAAAAUAAAGACUGCUCAAA